AUGAUUGUGAGGGACUUGAAGCGCCUGGCGCUGGUGGUUGGGCCGCUGUUGGUCCUGCUGCUGCUCAGCGCAAGUCUUUGGCAUUCGCAUUCGGGUGACAUUGCCUCACAUGUCGGCUCGUUGCUUGGCCAGAGCGGGAAGACGGAAACGUCGUCGACUCGCCGCACGCCGACCCUGACCGCCGACGGGAAACACUACGAAAUCUACUCGUUGUCCACACCCGACGGCAAGUACUUCGACAUCCGGUUCGGCAUAGAGGUCUUCAACCCAAACAUCAUCCCGCACCAAAAGUUCAACAACACCUGGUAUAUCGUGGGCCAGGUGUUCAUUGACCCAAACGACGACCACACCGACAAGACCGUCCACGAGGCUGGAUGCGUGGCCCAAUUCAUCAACGGCGUGCUGAUGUGCAUUGACUACGUUCAGCAUUUGCCCAUUGAGCCGACUCCGGGAGGGAAGUGCACGGGUGACUUUGCCUACAUCAACUUCAAUGUCGGCCCGCACGAUGCCCGUGUCUUCAUGGGUCCCCAAAGCCCAUUCAUCAUCUACGGCUCCAACAGCGCCUUCACUUGCUUCGGCCAAUUCAUCCAAGAUUUCCGCAAGCUGGUCAACUGGGAGUACGAGUUGAUGACGCCCGACGACUUCGCCGUGGGAACCGAGAUCGAGCGACCCCCUCCUUACGCGCAGCUCGAGAAAAACUACUUCGCGUUUUGGGACAAUAAGGGAGACAUGCUCGUGCACUAUGACUUGUACCCCAAACGAGGGUUCGGGAAGCUCGAACGUAACGGGACUGUCGGGCCCGACCUUGCGCCCAGGGUGAAGGAGCACGACGAGAAAUGCCUGAAGCGCUACAUGCCUGAACUGCCGGGCGACCUCGAGUCGAUCCACCAAGCUACCAACUCGAUGAAAGUCACGAUGUGCAACCGCGCCGACAAGAGCUGCGAGCCGCACGACGGCAACACAUACAUCAUGACCAUUGCCCAGCACAAGACGUACUACAACUGGCACAGCGAAUACGAGCCCUACGUCGUGCUCUUCCAGCAGCGCGCGCCGUACGAGCUGUAUGCCAUCUCCAAGAAGCCGCUCUGGAUCCAUGGCCGGCAACGGCACGAAGGCCGGCGCACCGACAUGAUGUACGUGACGUCGGCAAACUGGAAGGACCACGGUGUCAAUUACCACGGCUUCCUCGACGACGUUGUGUUCCUGGGCUUCGGCUACGAAGACAAGCAUUCUGCCGGCAUUGACGUCCUCGCGGCAGACUUGCUGCACGACAUUGGUCGCUGUGAUGACCCAUGA